AUGGCCACGACUCCCUUCGAAUCACUCGACCUCGACCAUAACCAAAUUGCAGCGCCACCUCGCCCUUCGGAUUUUGGACUCACCAGCGACGAAGACAACGACCACGAAGAUGACCAGACGGAGGAAGACGACGACGACGACAAUGACGAUGAGGAAGAUCGCGUCAUCGUAAUCCCCGACGAAUCGCAGAAUUCCGCGGAAGAUGAGGGAAACAAGCGCCGCAGAACCGAAGGAGGCGAGGCUUCGUGUUCCUUCGCGGCUGGCGAUAGUCAAGGGAACGAGUGGAGCCGCACCGAGGUUGACGGUCUCUUUUGCCCUAUUUGCAUGGACGUUUGGACCAACAACGGCGAACAUCACAUCUGUUGUCUUCCUUGUGGACACAUAUAUGGCAUGUCUUGCAUCAAAAGAUGGCUUCAACAGAGGAAAAAUUCGGGGAAGUGUCCUCAAUGUAAUAGGAAAUGUUCGAUGAAGGAUGUGAGGAAACUCUAUGCUUCUCGAGUAGUUGCCGUUGAGGAAGAAUCUCAGAAGAGAAUUCGGUCGCUUGAGGGAAAAUGUGUUGCCCUUGAAAUCCAGGGCAGUGAUUGGCGCAAGAAAGAAGCUGGAUGGCAGAAGAGAGAAGCUGCCUUGCAUCUUCAAGUCCAGAAGCUUACAGAGAGAAACACUUAUUUGGAGCAGCUGCUACUAGAUAUGCAGAGCAGGCAAUCUGCUUUGAUAAAUGGCAAUGCAAACUCUCAAUGGAGAAGUGAAUCUGAGCACAACUUUGGCCCACAGUACCAUGGAAGUGGUUCCAUUUGCAAUUUUGAAUUGAAGGGAGUGUUUCAUCUGGAUGGUGCACGAGUUUUUGAUAUGGACAUUUAUAAUCAAAUUUUAUUAAUUGCACAAAAGCCAAAGGCAGUAGGUGGAAUGCACCUGCUAACUAAAAUGAGCUUGUUAUAUCCAAAUGAGGCGCAAGAUAUCAUACUGCCUUCAGCUACAAAUGGUGUUAAAGACCUACAUAUUUCUCCUUCUAAUAGUAGUCUUGCUCUCUUUGCUUCAUUAGGGAAGAAGUUAUCAGUGCUCAGCUUGGACAGCGGCAACACUGUAAUCAAUUAUGAUCUGCAGGUUCCUGCUUGGUCUUGUUCAUGGGAUCUCAACGGUUCGCAAUACAUAUAUGCUGGACUACAGAAUGGUUCUGUCUUGGUGUUUGAUAUGCGGCAAACUGCAGGACCCAUGAAAUCUUUGGUUGGGUUGACUAGCAACCCUGUGCACACUGUACAUUCUCUUGCACAAACUUUAAGUCUUCCUUCUGGCGCUAAAACCAUCCUAUCUGCAUCUGCCAUUGGCCUUUGUCAGUGGAACAUUGAUUCUGAAGAACGGCCGCUUAUGAUUCCUGAAACUGAUAAUCAAGGAGUUUGCAUAUCCCUUGCCUAUUGCCCUAGUAGUGAUGAGAUUGUUGCUUCUUACCGACCAAAAUUCGACAUGUCCAUGGAUGUUCCUCUAUCUCAACCAUCGCCCACUCCUCUUACUAGUGGAUACGGAGUACAAGGCACUCAUGUCCUGUUCAAUAGAAUGGACAGUCAUCAUUUUCAAAAAGCGGGUUCCUCGUAUGCCAAUGUAAGUAAAAUUCGUCUACCUAAAUGUGUAAUUAUGGACAUAGAGAAUCAGAGCAGAGUGUUUGCAUCUUGGGAUGAAGUUGCAUGUGAAUUGGUCUUGCAUGAGCUGCCAUCUUUUAGAGUUCUUCAGCAAUUCAAAAUGCUAGCUCAGGCCCGUGAUCUUAGGUACUCUCCUAGCCAUGGAAUACUUGGUUGUCUAAGUGAAAACUCAUUGCAACUUUUCAAUUCCAGACACUCGUGAGGAAGAUAAUUCUAUAUUUCGCAACUUGUAUCGCCGCAAUCCGUCUUUCUAGAAAAAAGGGGGGAAUCAUUGGCGUUGAUUUUUUUUGUGCAAAAUUAUAUCUCUGAAUUUUAGCUGUCCUAAAAGUAGUUGAGAUAUUUAUUUCUCUGCCCCGGGCCUAUGAAUACUUUGUUCACUUUUCUGUAAUUAUUUUGAAGGGGUUUUUUUUUAUUUCAUAUUUUUGUAAUAUUUUUUGUAUAAGAGCAGCAAUGUUGAUAUUGAUAUUGUGACAAACUGACAAUAAUCAAAUUAAAUGACAGAAAUGUGUGGACAAACUUUA